CUCGGCAUGUGUCCGACCACAACAGCAGAUCUAGGCAAAUUUGGAGAUCACUGCCUACCUUAAGUGUAGCCAUUAUUCUACUCUCACAGAAGAAUAUAGGUACGAUUCUAUGCUGCGGUCGUCAGGAUGUCGGUCUCGUCCCUCGACUCACGCGUAUUCCGCAACCUGUUCGGCACGCAGGAAAUUCGUGACAUAUUCACUGAUGAAGCAUACGUGCACCGACUCAUCGAGACCGAAGCCGCGCUCGCCAGGGCGGAGAGUACAGUCGGUGUCAUACCAAGCGACGCGGGCAGUGUCAUAACCGAAGCGUUGAAAAAUGUCGAGAUUGAUUUCGACCGACUGUCCGCGGAAACAGACAUAGUCGGCUACCCUGUCCUACCUCUGGUCCGACAGCUCGUGGAGCAAACACCCCCCGGGCACGCAAAGUACAUCCACUGGGGUGCCACGACGCAGGACAUCAUGGACGAUGCGUCAAUAUUGCAGAUCCGCGAGGGACUCAAGGUUGUUCGGCGGGAAUUGGAAACCUUGAAGGGCGUGCUGGCGAAGUUGGCCGAGAAGUAUAGGGAUACCCCUAUGGCCGGUCGGACACAUCUCCAGCACGCUCUCCCCUGCACCUUCGGCUACAAGUGCGCCGUAUACCUGUCGUCCAUCCUGCGGCACCUUCAACGCCUGUCCGAGAUCGAGGCGCGCACAUUGAUGGUCCAAUUCGGUGGCGCGGCAGGAACCCUCGCCUCACUCGGCACCCACGAUGGACCUCGCGUCCGCGCCGAACUCGCGCGAGAACUCUCUCUGCUCGACCCGCCGAUAACAUGGCACGUCGCGCGUGACAACAUCGCCGAAAUCCUUAACUUUCUCGCGCUAGUCGGCGGGACGCUCGGCAAAAUCGCUUACGACCUCAUCAUCAUGUCGUCCAACGAGUUGGGCGAAGUGAGCGAGCCGUUUGUCCCGCACCGAGGCGCGAGUUCAACGAUGCCACAGAAAAGGAACCCGAUCUCGAGCGAGGUCAUCCUUGCCGCGAGUAAGCUCCUUCGAGCCAACGCAGGGCUCGGUCUUGAUGCGAUGGUCGUCGAUUUCGAAAGGGCAUCCGGACCUUGGCACCUUGAGUGGGUGGCCAUUCCUGAGGCGUUCGUGCUGUCUGUGGGAAGCUUGCAUCAGGCAAACUUUGCGCUGGGUGGGUUGGUGGUUAACAGUGGUGCGAUGAGGGAUAACUUGCACUCAACCAGGGGUUUGAUCGUGGGCGAGGCGGUCAUGAUGGGGCUAGCACCGUAUGUUGGACGGCAGAAGGCACAUGACGUGGUUUAUGAGGCGUGUCGGACGGCGAUUGAGCAGGACAGGAGUUUGAUUGAUGUGCUGGAGAAAGAUGAGGAGUUGAUGGGGAGUUUGGAUGGGAAGAAGGUGAAGGAGUUGUGUAACCCAUUGAAUUACCUGGGGGCGAGUCAGAUCAUGGUUGAUCGAGUUCUGGAAGACAUUAGACGAUGAUCAACACCACCGCGGGAAAAUAAUAGAAGGCACGUGUGCAAUGUAUGAGAAUUGGGCAAGCAAUAGCAUAUAGAAGGACAUUGAAUGCAUGACAAGCUUGC